GGCAGGCGCUGCCUUCGGGACAGACGGAGCGACGCCCGGGACGCUUCCACCGCCCCCGCGAGCGGAGCAGGGACCGGCGCUCGACCUGUGGCAGGGACCCCCCGCCGCCCCAUGGGCGCGCCUCGCGGUUCGUGCGCUCUCGCCAGCCUCCUUUGUUGCCUCCUCUCCGUCGCGCAUGCCCAGAGGGUGAAUGUCCGCAAUGAGGUCACCGGCUACCUGGGGAAGGAGGUCAUCCUGCCAUGCAACUUUGUCGCAAACAGCCCCGAAACGAAGGUUAGCCAAGUCACCUGGGUGAAGGAGACCGGCGGCAGGAAACAGAACGUGGCGGUGUUCCACCCGGAUCAUGGCCCCAGCUACCCCAUGGAGAGAGACAGUACGCGGAUUCGCUUCCGCACUCCAUCCCUGGAGGACGCCACCUUGAUCAUUGACCCCCUGCUCAUGAGCGACAAGGGCACCUACACCUGCGAGUUUGCCACCUACCCUUUGGGCAACGAGGACGGCUUCACGGAACUGAUAAUAGUGGCCAAGCCAGUCAACAGGGCCACAGCCGAGGAGGUGAAAGCCAGCAAGAUCGAGGUGCCCGUGGCCCUGUGCACGUCCAGUAAUGGGAAGCCGCCGGCCCGCAUCACGUGGCAGUCGGGGCUGGCCGGCAACGCCAGCGUCUCGCAAGUGGUGAACGCGGACAGCACCGUCACAGUCACGAGCCGCUACAGCAUGGUGCCCAGCAAGGAGGCCAACGGACAGCGCAUCGCCUGCGUGGUCGAGCAGAAGACGCUGGCGCAGCCAGAGGUUCUCCCGGUGGUGCUGUCCAUCUUGUAUCCCCCCGAGGUCACCAUCCAGGGCUACGACGACAACUGGUACCUGAGUCGCAACGAGGCUUCGCUCACCUGCCUCGCCAAAGGGAACCCCACACCCACGCAGUUCACAUGGACCACGCCCAGCGGGACACUGCCCAAGUCCGUCGAAGUCCAGGGCGCACGGCUCAUAGUCCACAAUGUGGACCAGUCAGUCAACACCACUUUCAUCUGUGAGGCCACCAAUCGCGUGGGGCAGGUCAGGUCGGAGCAGAUCGUCUUUGUCCGAGAUAAGCCCAACAUGGACGGGGCAGGCACCACGGGCGGCAUCAUCGGGGGCAUCAUCGCGGCCAUCGUGGCACUGGCCGUGGUGGCCACUGGCGUCCUGAUCUGCCGGCAGCAGCAGAAGAACCGGAUGGACCGCGAGGAGGACGACCUGGAAGGGCCGCCCGCCUACAAGCCGCCCCCACCUUGCCAGCUGUCCGAGGAGACAGAACCGGUUGCUAAACCCACUGAGGCUGAGAGUAUCCCACUCAAAACUCCCUUUUUUGAACCCAGCGUUACAGACGAUCUCUUUGGAGGGGUUAUUACCACCAAAAUGGAGGAGACCCCACGAUACCACGAGCUGCCGACACUCGAGGAGCGAGAAGCAGCGGCCGAGGCUGCAGCCAGCCUGGAGGAUGAGUAUUUGGACCAGGUCAACCCGAUCUACGAUGCACUUUCCUUCACGGCCCCGGAGGAAGAGGCAGCCCUGACACCCAUGGCGACCGACAAGGCCUUUGUCAUGUCCCGGGCCAUGUACGUUUGACCGUGCAAGCUGGACCUCCGGCUGCGGUCCAGAGGGGAGGAUGCUGCUUGGGGACGGACCUUGUGCCCGUCCUGGAUCGAUGCUGCUUCUUCACCUCUCCGUGCCAGUUGCACAGCUGGCACCUUUGCCUCGGAACUUGACUGCAUUUCAUGUGUGCCUUGGAUGGACAGGAGCGCGCCUUGCUCAAAACUGGCUCUCUAACAUCCUCCCUUCUUUGUUCCACCUGGCCAGGACAAGCGGCUAGUCCUUAACCCUGUCAUAUGCCAAAUGUGAAGUGCCUUCCUGGGUUUUCCAUUCGAAAUGGGCUUGCCACCAGCAGCCCAGUUUUCAGCCUCUUCCAAACUCUAGUAGAUCCUUCUGCCAACCUGUCCUGAUUCUUACUCCACAAAUAUCUGGACAUCUGAUGAAUGAGGCUGAACAUUACUUAGUCUGUCUGCAGUAAAGCGAGACUCCUGGAGAGAAAGAAACACCCCCAGUGUGUGGGUGCAGAUGUAACUUGUAGGUCCACCUCCAUGUUAUGCUGAUCAGGCUCCUACGGAAGCCAAUCGGAGGGGAAAGGGGUAGAUUUCCUAAUCCUGCUCUUGCCCCUGCCUUAACCUCUUAGGUCUGGAGGCGGGUGAACUGCCUAGGCAAAAAAGCUCAACUACACAGUAAAACUCUUCAGUUUGCACGUAGGAGGUUGUUUGGAUCGGUUCCUGCCCCCACCAAUAGCAAACACAGAAAACCAGCAGGUGAAGAUGAGUUUAGAGCCCAUCCCUCUGACAUUUAGUUUUUCAUGUGGGAAAGAUUCAAUUAUGCAACUUCUCUCUCCUUCACACUCUGAAGCAGCACAAUCCAAGAAACAAUUUGACUCCCAGAUGAGCUCCUUUUCCAGAAUAGACUCCGCAGUUCAGCUGGUAGGGUUGGAAAGCGACCCUGUAAGGAUGAGCACUGUGAGAAUGUUUAGGCUAUCCCAAGAAAUGCCUACAAAUUGCACCUGUCCAUGCGGUUUGGAUGCUAAAUGGCUAAAUGGCUCCGAUUUCCCUUGAGUGGGAAAUCGGUGUAGCAAACGGCUGUUGGCUUAAUCUUGCCACAGUUCCGUCCCAGGAUCCAAUCGCUACUUGAAUGUCGAAACUUAUGCCCCAAGAGCUUGUGCUUGGGUCCCCGUCCUGGAAAUGUGAACGGUUUUUGAAUGGUUACUGUUAGCUUUUUAAAAGUUUUAAAGUUUUAAAAAAGUUUAAAAGUUUGUGAUGUCAUAUGUUGCCAACUGUUCUAAGGCGUUGCCUCCAUACACUCUUUCACUGCUGCUAUUUUCCCUGGAUGCAGGUACCACUUGGCAAUGUUGGGGUUUGAAUAUGAUUAUGAUUAUUCUACACAGGCCAUACGAAUCUGACUGCCUCCCUGAAUCUCAAUAUCUGGGGAAGGGAAUGAUCGACAUGCACAAACACACAAUGCCUUUUCCCACUUGCCUUUUAUGUACCUCCUGCUGACACUACUGAGUAGUUGAUUUCAAUGGGGACACAGAGGGGUUUUUAAAUAACUUUUUAUUAUUUCUUAAAAAUAAAUAUUUUGCAAACCCA